UUCCUUGCGUUUAUUUACCGAGAGCAGUAUUGGCCGAGGUUUUACUUUCAAUACGAAACGCCUGGAUUGAAGAGGAUAAGACUGGUCCUCUGGCCGGAGGGCGACUCUGAGAGCGGCAGACCAGAAGACUCGGUCGAAGCCCUGGUUGAGGUGCGCAAAUCGGUCACAAUGUUUCACCUUUCAAAGUACGAUUAUUUUUGCUGUGAGAAAACUACCAUCCAACUGUACCCGCAGGAAUACGAGUUGAAAAACUUGACUGAAUUCCAUUGGAAGUUUUUAUGUCUGAAUGGAGCCACAGUACGGACAACGAGUCCACGAGUUGACACAUUUUUCGCAGCCACCGGUGGUUGCAACAUGGAGAUAACCGUCAAGGUUGGGAAGGAAAACACACAGAUCAUUCGCAAGCACGUCACAUUCCACACUCGUCAGUGGAAUUCGAUGGAAGAACCUUUGCGACCGCACAUCCUCUUCUUCAAGCCGUACCUGAUGGACAUCAGUCUUUACAACAACGCAUCGGACAGUGCCAUCGAAAUUGGGGACAAUCAGGUUGGAAUGUUUUGCGGCGAUCCAAUUCGAUUUGAGGUCUCCAAGUUUGUCAGUAUGGCAAUGAAGGCCUUCGUUGUUAUCGCACACAGGGAGACGGAUGCUUUUGACAUAAUCGCCAUAUCCUCCACGCACCCCGUUCAUUAUGCGUUUAAAGAGUCGGUAGUGAAGGGCAGUGGAUUGAAUGUCCAUACUGUCCAUGUAAGCGAGGGAAAAGAGAAUUUGCUCAGCGAUGACUGUGUGGUGGUGGAUUAA